ACGACACCGGAAGCUGUUUCAACAACACGGAUACUGACUCAUUCAAGCACCUCUUUAGCCUUGUAGCCAACAUACAAACGAAAACAUUAAAGCUCUUUAGACAAUUUUUAUGUAUAUUAAUCUCCGUGUUUUUAACACAAUACUCUUUACGUAUCUACUAUUUAACUUAAAGUAAUUUGCUUGUUAAAUGUACAAAUGUGUUGAUUAUACCGAGUCUAGCACUAAGCUUAUCGUUAAUGCUAGCUAGCCCGACCAUGAACUCACUGAACGACUACCCUCCUGUUAAAGAAGAGGCGGUCUGCUGGACGGAGAAAGAAGCUCUGGGGCUGAACAUUGUCCUGAAAGAAGAGAAAGAACAUUUUAGAGUGAAGGAGGAAGAGGAGGCUGUAACAUUGAACAAAGAAGAGGAUGAUCUUUUGGGAGAUGAAGGAAAGGAAGAGGAGACUGAAGAUCUGAUUAACACCAGAGAGAGACCAGACUUUCACUCUGACAGCGGAAAGAGUCCUUCAGUGGGACCAGACCCAGUGACACCCAAACCAGGGAGACGACACAACUGCUCCCAAUGUGAAAUGAGAUUCUCCCUAUCAGGGGACCUAAAACGGCAUAAGAAAAAACACACAGGAGAAAAGCCUUUACAAUGUUCCCAGUGUGGAAAGAGUUUUACCUGUUUAGGGAAUCUAAAUCGGCAUGAGAAGAUACACUCAGGGGAAAAGCCGUUCCAAUGUUCCCAGUGUGAAAAGAGUUUUGCCUGGUUAAGGAGCCUGAAGAAGCAUGAGAAGAUACACGCAGGGGGAAAGCCUUUCCAAUACCAAGGGACCAGCCAACCUUUUGAUACAGGAUGCAGUGGAGAGAGACCAGACUCUCACUCUGACAGCGGGAAGAGUCCUUCAGGGGAACCAGACCCAGUGACACCCAAACCAGCGAGACGACACCACUGCUCCUACUGUGGAAAAAGUUUUACCCGAUUACUACACCUGAAAUCACAUGAGAGAAUACAUACAGGAGAAAAGCCCAACCACUGUUCCCAGUGUGAAAAGAGUUUUAGGUGGUUAACGACUCUGAAACUCCAUGAGAGAACACACACACACGAAAAGCUCUACCGCUGCUCCCUGUGUGGAAUGAGUUUUACCAAGUUAGGGGCCCUGAAUGUGCAUGACAGGACACACAUAGGAGGGGAUAAGCCCUACCGCUGCUCCCUGUGUGGACAGAGAUUUAACCGGUUAAGACAUCUGAAUAAGCAUGAAAGAAUACAUACACAGGAGGAGAAGACAUACCACUGCUCUCAGUGUGGAAAGACAUUUUCCCAGUCAGAGGACCUGAAAACACAUGAGAGAAUAGAGAGGCUGUGUUCUGACUUGUGUUUUUGACCUGACAAUUAAUUUUUAUUAUUUUUUCCUGCCAAAUGAAAUCAUUAUUGAAAUAGACCUACUUUUUUGUCUUAGUUUUCAUCUGGAGACUGACAUGACUCUCCUGUGAGGAUCCAAGGGUUUCUAACAUACUCUGUUACACGGAAUCAUGGCUCUCUCUCCAGAUAUACUGUUGCCAUGACUCCGGUGAGGAUCCGAGGAUCAGGUUACAGUGGAUCAGCAUUCAAUAGAGGGAGGUAGGGAUAUGGGGUUUUUAUGACACCUCACCAUCGAUUGGUAGGCAGCAGACUAUUACAGUGGAUCAGCGUCCAAUAGAGGGAGGGAGGGAUAUGGGGGUUUUAUGACACCUCACCAUCGAUUGGUAGGCAGCAGACUAUUACAGUGGAUCAGCGUCCAAUGGAGGGAUGGAGGGAUAUGGGGGUUUUAUGACACCUCACCAUCGAUUGUAAAUUAUAGGCAGCAGACUAUUACUUUUGGGGUCUAAUUUGGGCGACUGGAAUGUCUCUUUGUUACCGAGACGACCCAAAAACUUCAACAUCAAACAAUGGACACCGGGACAAUAUAUUCCAACAUCCGAAUGUUGGGAACGAUGAGAGAUGGAAUAUGGAAAAUGUAAUGUCUAUUUUGUGAUGUCAUUAAAAUAGUUAUAAAUAGGUUUUAAUGAAAGCAUUAACUUCAAGAGCUUUUACUCUGUGUAUAUCAGGUUUACAUUCUUUACGUUGUGUAGAAAAUAUCAAGGAUAAAGAGAAUGUUUUUGUGACGAUAGGAUUGUGAUUUUAGUACUCUAACGAGAUAGUAAUUCUGAUACCUUGCCUCGUAACUAGCCACGCCCCAGGGAGCCCGGAGAACGGGUCAGAAUGACGAAAAAUUCCUCCGUUUUACACGAGGGUAUAAAAACAUGGAGUUAAGAAUGAUCAUAUCAGACUAGGAUGACUACGAGCUGUAGCUGAGGUCUACGAUUAGUCAUGACCCCCCCCCCCCCAGCGCAAAACGCAACACACGAAGAAGACAAUGGAACCUCUUAACAAUCAAUGCUACGGUUAAUUAGCUGUUCUUAGUGUCCUCAGGACACCACUCUGGGAUCACCGACAUGGCUGAUUAGCCGUCCUCAGGACACCACUCUUCCAGAAUGAGUGCAAAGUAAUCAGACAACUAAGAAGAAGGACAUUGUGACAUUUUGUGGACAAAUCAGAGCCUUACACCUGAGAAUGACCGGAGAAGGCCAGCCGAAAUAAGAAGCAACCUCCUCAUCAAGUGGGAACCCGGCCCAUGAAGGGCCCAACAGAGAGCCCAACUGAACCCUCCUCAUCAAGCGGGAACCCGGCCCACGAAGGGCCCAACAGUGGUACCCGACAGACCUUCAGCGCGUAAAUACAUGAGUUAUUUCUUACCCAGAAUAGCGGCAGUUUGGGGCAAGGUAUUAAGGGCUAUACUGUGGGCGUAGUUCCCAAAUGUAUCCAAGUGUUGCGUCUCUUUCUUUCUCUAACUCUCCAUCUUGUAACAAGUGUCAUAUUGUGUUAGUCCGCUAGGGACUUGUUGUCGUCGUAUUAAGUAUCCAAUCAAUAACCUAUACCAUGUUUGUGUAUCCUAUGUUAUCAUUUAGUUUGUUAGUAAAUAAAUAAUCAAAUUAA